AGAGGAGGGCUAAUCACGUGAAGGAUGAGUGAAUGGAGUUUAGGAGGGUGAGUGUCAACCAUCAACACUCACCCUGGUGUGCUGUGGUGAAGAGCCAACAGUGUCACUUCUUUUCUGAUGGAGAAGAACCAUCUGCCUUGGAUCCUCCUCCAAGUCAAGUUUUUCAUCACUGCCUAGAAAAAUACUUAAUUCAGAGGGCUGAUCUGUCCACCUCAAAUGUCUUCCUUUUGCAGGCAGUGGUAGAAACUUAGUGACAUGUAGAAAGAAUUAAUAGUAAAAGGAAAGGAAUAGUAAAGGAAUAGUAAAAGGAAAGUAAGACCAAGGAGGCAAAUGUGGAGACCCUAAAACCAGAAAUAGAAAUAGAGAAAGAAGACAGGAUGAAAGGGAAGGGAAAGACUACAGAAAAUAAAAGCCCAGGGGAAUAAGAAGAGAGAGAGAGAGAGAGACUUAUUGCAAAGAAAAGUUUCUCUCCUAAGUUCUGUAGGUCAAGAAGUCAGACAAGGCACAGAGCAUGGGAAAGAAGUAGGAGACGCCUGGUGAGCAAUCCUUAAGAAGCAGGAGUCCAGCCCGAUGGGAGUGAAAGUCCACGCCGUCUUGGUCUCUGCCCUGGUGUAUUUCAUCCAGCUUCUUCCUUGGGCAAGAUGUGAAGAGAACUGUGUCAGUCCUGAACAUUGCCUGACCACAGAUUGGGUACAUCUCUGGUAUAUAUGGUUGCUGGUGGUCAUUGGUGCGCUGCUUCUCCUGUGUGGCCUGACUUCUGUGUGCGUCCGCUGCUGCCUGAGUCGCCAGCGAAGUGGGGAAGAUGAGGGCCGGCCACCCUACGAAGUGACAGUCAUCGCUUUUGAUCAUGACAGCACUCUCCAGAGCACGAUCACUUCCCUGCAGUCAGUGUUUGGCUCUGCAGCUCGGAGGAUCCUGGCAGUGGCCCACUCCCACAGCUCCCUGGGCCAGCUGGCCUCCUCCGGGGACACCCUCCCUGGGUAUGAGGAAGCUCUGCACAUGAGUCGCUUCACCGUUGCAAGGUGUGGGCAGAAAACACCUGACCUACCCCCAGUGCCAGAAGAAAGGCAGCUGCCUCCCAUGGAGAAGGAAUGUCCUCAAGUAGAACACUCUUCAAAUUGAUGGGAACUUUGGCUUUAUAAAUAGGGCGGGGUAUCCCUAUAGUGGGUCAAGAUAGACAAAUGGAACUUUCUUUUUUUUUUGCUAACUUUCAGAAGAUUUAGGAUGACAUCUAAACACCAUUCCGUGGGAAAGCUGGAUUGCAAGUCUUCAUUUCCAGCCACAACAUAUAUUUCCUGGUGUGGAAUGCUCUAAUCAUGAAUUUUCAUUCUUUACCCAAUACCAAACUUUGCAGCUAACCUCUAGCAAUGCUGAUUACUACCAAACCAGAAAAGCAACAAAGUUGCUUGAAUUCCUUCAACUAUUGAAUUCUUUUACCCAAAAGACACUGCGAGUUGCUCUUCUCUGCCAGUUCAUAGAAUACACUUGAGAAAGAUAGUUGUGUUAGUGCACCAAAUUCAUGCUUUCUCUUAAGAGAACACCCACUUUUAUACUCAGUGACAAUGGUAAUCUUGGGCAUCACACAAUACUUAACUGGCUUACAGGUAUGGGCUAGGAGAACGCCGUACGUACUGAAAUGCCAAGUAUGGAGGUCUUUUUCUCACGCCGUGCCUACCGGUGGUCUUGGAUGCUGUGCAGAGUGCAGUAACAGUUCUAUUCCUCUUUCAGUUCCCCUGUUGUGAACACAUGCAUGCACGCAUACGCUUGUGCUUGCACACACACAUACCCUUUCCCAACUGUGAAAGAAUGACAUUGCUUUGCUUCUCUCCGACUUCCCACUUUGACCACUUAAAGCCAAGGGUCUGUAGCCAAGUGUCUCAAUGCCACCAGUCUGUAGUGGUGGCAUUUACUGCCACCUAGUGUAGCCAUAAUAGAAAUGCAUGCCCCUAUUGGAGCCAAUCUGCACUCUUCUCCAGCUCCGACUGAACUAAGCCUGGAUAAGAUCCUUCCCAAGGCACCACCCUUUUGAGUAAUGUUAACCUUUCCACCUAACAUACUACAUCCAAAAUGUACUACUAUAUUUGGUGAAAAACUGCUCACAGGGACUUUCGAUAACUCAAUGAAAUUUUUAAAGCACAGUUUUCUCAUCCGUAAGAUAGGCAGGCGAUAGUAACACCUCACAGGUUUAUUGCAAGGAUCAAGCUAAGUAUAGGUGACAAGAUUUGUAAAGUAGUAUGUGUGUGUAUUUUUGUUAUUCUUGAUACAGAUAUGUAAUUUUUACUCUUCUUGCUACAAUUUUACUGAAAAUUAUGUUCCAGUUUGUCCUUUUGCUAUGUUAUUGCUAAGUCAUACCUGAAGUAGCUUUGUUUCAUCAAUAAUAUUUGUUAAUUGAGGUAAACAAUUACAGCUAUGUGAUUCCUCUUAAUAUGCUCUGUGUAGAGGUAAUAAACAGAUUUAUUGGAAAACUUUUUGAAAGGAAUUAGCUCCAAUGCUCAGAGAGGCAUUAUAGAGCCCGGGGCGAGCUGAUUAAUGCAGUGCCUCAUUAAAUAUAUUUUGGGGAGGAAUGCUCACUCACCCCAUCCAGAGGGAAAUUUUUCUAAAUAUAACUUGCUGGCGAUCUGCAUUUAUCCUGAGUCAUUUACGGAUUGCCUCUGGAAAUUGUUGAAAUGCAUGACUCGUUAAUAGCACCUGAGGUGGCCUUGUUUUGCCAUUGCCACAUGAAUCACUUCAUUACCACACAUUCCAUAAAACAUUCUUGGCUUAAUCAUCCUGCAAGACUGUAGUCAUAAAGAAGUUAAAAUGUUGUCAAGUAUAAAAAGAUCUUAGGUACUCACUUCAGCAGCACAUAGGCUAAAACUGGAACGGAGAUUAGCAUGGCCCCUGUGCAAGGAUGACUCACAAGCUGCUGAAGUGGUCCAUAUUUUUAUAAAUAAACAAAAAUAAAAAGAUCUGGGAAGAAAUCUUGUCUGCUCUAAAGAGAUCUUUCUGUGUCACCCCUCCCUGCCUCUUUGCCCUUCUCUUCAGAGAUGUGGGGUUCCCCUGUGUCACCAUUCCAUUUUUUCCCCAAGCUAGUAGCACUUCUUGGCUUCAUUUCUUUAUCUGCUCAAUCUAAGACAACAGUUAAUCAGCUCAAUCACUUUCACCAUUGUUCUCAAAAUAUUGUAACCCCUUUAAACUUUCCUCAUGCCUAUUAUUCAAACUUUAGAUGUUGGUGCAAUGAAGCUGAUUUCUCCCCAAAAUCUACACUGCUGUGCAGAGCUGCAGAAAAAUCUCUCAACUGUGUUGACUGAGGUCAUUUACAAGGUCAUGGUUUCCAACAUGUCUGAACCAUUUACCAUUUCUUCUAGAUUUUUCUUUAAUCAUUUUCCCAUUCUUUUCGGUAGUAAUUCAGAUUUCAACGUCUCUCUUCAAGCUUCAUGCCCCAUAACCUACUCACUAAUUCUAGAAAGGGAACUUGUCCUCCUACUUUAGAGAGAAAAUCAGGUAUCUUCCUAGCUCUAGGCUACACCCUUUGUGAAUCUGUACCUCUCCUUUCUUCUUCCUUCUGGUCUCAGUGAAAUAGAUUUCCUGCUUGCUUCCCAAUACACUUCUAACUGUGCUUUGUAUUACCUUGAUCCAAUGGUUUAUGUGUUCAACAGGUAUCAUUUGGGAAAUCGUGCUAAUAGUGCAGAGGCAGCUGGGGGUAUAAAUGUGCAUAAGAAAUACAGGUGUCUGAUUCCUGGUCUUCAUGGAGCUUAAGAAAAAGCAAGAAUAAAAUGAUUGCAAACAUGAACACUGUAAAGAACUCUUGGGAAAGGCAGAGUGAUGGAAGAGCAGGUUCAAAGAUACAGUAGAGUUUGGUAAAUUUGAGGAAAUGAAAAAAAGAGAGAGAGACUAGAGUAGCUAAUUUAGUGAACUCAGGAGAAAGCUGCAGAAGUGGAGUCUGAAAGAGAGAAGGGGCCUGGGGACAAGGAGUCUACACUAUAUUUCACAUGCAUUAAGAAGCCAUUGAAGGAUUUCAAAUUAAGGUGCAAUCUGAAGUCUGUGUAAGAUAUGGAGCAAAGUUGCUUGUAGACCAGCUGAGUGCUCCUGGUUUUGUUAUCAAGUUGUGAGAGCAGUAAAGAUCACCUAUGUGCUUGCAUUUUCACAUGCCUCCCACUGAAAGACAAAGCCCGAGCCUUCCAGGGAAGCCACAGCCCAGGACCCACCCCAGCAUGCCCUCCCCACGGACAGUCCAGCAUGGUGGUCUGAGGUCAAUUUUGCACCUGCCCAGGCACUGUGGGUGCUCCCUGUGUGUCUGGCAUAUCCCCUCCCCACAAGCCUUUUUAUACCUUUAUUUCCAUUCCCAUGCCUACCUCCCUUACCUUCUCACCUCUGGACUCCUUCUCUUUGGCUGCCACAUCAUCUGGCCCUGUUUGUUUAAUGUGAGCAAGUUGAUCCAUGCUGGGGUUGGAAAUCAGCUUUCUGUGUUGCCUGGGAAGCUUCAGGCAAGAUGUUCUUUUCUGUCCAUGAAAGGGCCCUGGUUCCCCAGAUUCCUGGGUGUUGAUAGUGAUCUCAAGACCCAGUGUUCUGGGGCUUGGUGGUAAGGAGCUCCUCUCCCUCCCUGGUGGAGACAGACUCUGGGUCUUCAUUGACCACCUGUUGCUCCUCCAUGGCCUGGGUUGAACUCAGCAAUGACAGUGACCUAUAGUCAGUUUGGAGGCCUUAAGGCCAACUUGGUCCUAGUUGCUGCUGCUUCUGCCUGUCUAACUUACAUUGUCAGGAUUCCUUUCCUUUCAGAUAGUAUAUGAUGAAGUCACAGAACUCUAAGCACUUGCUUCAUGCUAAUUGUGAAGAGCAAAACCACUUUUGGGGGAGCAAUUAACAUCCAACUUCAUAGUGUCCCACUCAAUGAGGAAAAAUUGUAUCCACUAGGAAACAGUAUAAUUUGACCACUGGUGUGAAAAUAUGCAUUAUUGAUUCCCUGCUUAUGUUUUUUCUACUUCUGACCCUUUCUAUCACAAGCAGGACAUUUUUGUUGUCAAAGAUAGUGUAGUGUAAUAAGGACACAAGAAAAAGAAACUAGAAUCAGUCUUUUGUAGUUAUUUAUUCUCACUUAUUUAUCACUCAUUCUUUAGGAUUUGUUCUCCUUAAAUAGAAUGCUUAUUGUACAGAAUUCAAUACGUAAGGUAAUAAGAGGACAUUUAAUUUAAAUACAUCUUUUAAAUCAAACAUGUGUUCACACUUUAUUUGAAUCAUGUGCCUAAAAUUCAAAGCAAUACUUUUAAUGUAUUUUCAGAGACAGGAAAAUAAAUAAAUCUUAUCAAGUAAUUUGACAUAUAUAGAUCUUUGCAAUCAAUUUUUAAAAUUUGAAUUCUUUCUUUUGUUUCACUUGCCUAGGGAAGCACACCAGAAAGAAUACUGCUACGAUCAAAGUCUGAGAUGUAACUGCCUAAGUUGUCUCCUGGGGUUUUUAAGGUUUUAGGUCUAACAUUUAAGUCUUUGAUCCAUUUUGAAUUUAUUCUUGUGUGUGGUAUAUGAAGGUAUUCUAGUUUCAUUUUUAUACAAGUAUCUUUCCAAUUUUUCCAAAACCAUUCAUUGAAUAAAGUUUCAUUAAGCUAUUGUAUGCACUUACUUUCUUUGUCAAAUAUUAAUUGUGGGUUUAUAAAAGUGUGGCUUUCCUUCAGCGCCCUUUAUUUUGUCCCAUGGAUAUCUGCAGCUGUUUUGAUGCCUAUUCCUUGUUGCUUGCAUUACUAUGUCUUUAUAGUAUAGUUUGAUAUUUUAUACUGUGAUUCUUCCAGCUUCAUUCUUCCUCAAAGUCCUGUUGUUAUUCAGAGCAUUUUGUGGUU